AAAAAAUAAAAAAAAUAAAUUAGUUGGUUCUUGGCUGUUUCGAGUGCAAGUUUCUUUCCCUCGUUAACCAUUGAUUGAGGAUUGAGGAAACUUGGACUCUUCACAUUAUAAAACCCAGCCACCAGCUUGAAAUUUUCAACAUCUGCCUGCCGAACACGACCCUCUCACCAUCACUCCAAACCUGAACUUCCAAACUAUGUACCACCGAAAAACCCCCGCGAAACCAACCUCUAAAAUGUCCAAAAUAACCGCAACAAUUUCCCUCCAAAUCCUUAUCUGCAUAUUCUCCCUCCUACUCCUCACCCUACCCUUGCAUGGAAACACCCAAUCUACUACUGAUUCAGAACAAAUAAUUCUGUUGAGACUUAAACAACACUGGUACAAUCCACCUUCCAUCAGCCACUGGACUCCACCAAAAUUUCCCGACUCCAACUCAUCGACACACUGUAACUGGCCCGAGAUCACCUGCACCAACGACUCUGUCACCGGACUUUCUCUCCCUAACAAAACCAUCGCCGUGACAAUCCCACAGUUCAUUUGUGACCUCAAAAACCUCACCGUCAUCGAUUUCCACUACAAUUACAUCCCAGGACCAUUUCCUACCGUUCUCUACAACUGUUCCAAGCUGAAACAUUUAGACCUCUCCCUAAACUUCUUUGUAGGCCGCAUUCCUGGCGACGUUGACCGGCUGUCGACCAGGCUCCGGGUCCUCAACCUCAACGGCAACAACUUCACCGGUGACAUCCCCCUGGCUAUCGGGCGGUUCCACGAGCUCAGAGUCCUUCGGUUUUUUCAAAAUGAGCUAAACGGCUCUUUCCCGCCAGAAAUUGGAAACCUGUCAAAUCUUGAGAUGUUGGAGCUGUCCGACAAUGCAUUUCUGCUGAUGGCAAUACCGUCGAGCUUUACCCAGUUGAGGAAACUUAAACAACUAUGGAUCAAAGAUUCAAGUUUGAUCGGUGAAAUCCCGGUAACAAUCGGGAAUUUAACAGAGCUCGAGGAAUUGGACUUGUCAAACAAUAAAUUGACUGGUACAAUCCCAAGUGGUUUGUUUCUGCUAAAGAAUUUAACAAAGUUGUAUCUGUACAAAAAUCACUUGUCCGGGGCGAUUCCUUGGCCCAUUGAAGCUUUGAAGAUGCAGAUAAUUGAUUUAUCCCAAAACAACUUGAACGAAACAAUACCGGCUGAUUUUGGCAAACUAACAAUGUUGUCGGUUUUGGCUCUGUUUGAGAAUCAACUCUCUGGUGAAAUACCAGAAACCAUUGGCCGCCUUCCUUCACUGAGAGAUGUAAAAUUGUUCAACAACAAUCUCUCUGGAACAUUGCCACCAGACUUUGGGCGAUAUUCGAAGCUCCGGGGGUUUGAAAUACCCUCGAACCAUUUCACUGGCAAGUUGCCAGAGCACUUGUGUGCUAAUGGUGAACUAUUAGGAGUGGUGGCAUUUGAUAACAAUCUCACCGGUGAAUUGCCUAAUUCACUUGGGAAUUGUUCAAGUUUGUUGAUUGUUCGGGUUCACGGUAAUCGCCUUUCCGGUAGCAUUCCAGCAGGUCUCUGGACAUCAUCCAAUCUGACAAUCUUGAUGCUAAGCGACAACUUAUUUACCGGUCAGCUUCCAAGGACACUGGCACCGAGUUUAAGGCGACUCGAUAUCAGUAACAACAAGUUUUCAGGUCAACUCCCAUCUGGGUUGUCAUCUUUGAAACAUUUAAUCGCGUUCAGUGCAAGUAACAACUUCUUUAGUGGUACAAUUUGUUAGAUUGUUUGCCAAUUUUCACUGUAUUCGAAGAAUAGAUUAAGGAAGAACAAAUUCUGUUUGAUUAUUAAAUCAAAAUAGAAUAAAGAAAAUAAAAUAUAAAAA